GAUUGCGUCGGACCGUCUCCUUACGCGGCAGCGGCUUCGUUUGCUGGACUGGUCUGUUGAGCAUGCAGAAGAGGUGAUGUGCCGGACAGGUUGUGAGAGGGACCAGGUCUCAGAGUACCACUUCGCUGAGUAUGCAGACCACCGCUACUUGUCGGGUACUCUUGUCUUCUUGGCCAAUGGACUUAAGCUGGUCCCAUUCCCCUUGAACAUUCUGUUGACGGAGCAGCAGUUGGACAUCCCCACAUCGCUUUGGUUGCCUCCACCUCCUCCUGGACUUGGGCCUAACCCUGCGGCGAGCAGUGGCUAUGAGGCUGAUCACUGUGAUCGAGUAGAGUCAUUGGUGGACAUGAUGGUCGAUUCGUCGGACAUUCGCCAGGACAUUGACGAAAUCUUGAGAUUUCCGGACAGACAACCUGAAGUCGGACAUCAUCAGAUUGAUAAUCGCUUUCAGUAA